ACAGAUUAGAUGGCAAAAGGGCAACCACCAUUUUAGCACAGAAGAUUCCAAACUCUUGUUAAUGAAAUAUCUUUGCUAAUUAGAUUGAGAAAAACGAAAGAGAAGGAAAAACCAGAAAUCAUACUUCACUUCUCAAUAUAUAGUCUGUGUCUUUCUUUUACAACCAGAAAGAAAAAGAUCUUUCUCAAAUAAUAAUAAAAAUCAAACCUUUUUGUUUACUAAAACUUCCUAUAAGCUAACGUAGCUCAGAAAGACACAAUCUUUACAAUCUCUAAGCUCUUUCAAUGGCGGAAAAGGUAGCCUUACCACUUCUUAUCUCAAACCCACUUCCUACAAAACCCCAAUUCCCAACCCAAUCCCAUAAUCUCCAACAGCCAUCUUCACCAAUUUCAUCAUCAAAUACAUCAUCGCCGCCUUUUACACCUCUUAUCCAAAACAUGCUCAUUAACCAUCAUAAAAUACAACCUCAUUCUCCAAAAUUCAUUAACCCAAAUGUGUCAAUUAGACCAAGAACCAGAAUUAGUAAAGCCCGUGACCCGAACCGUGGUAAACCCUGGGCAAGUCAUCGUCUUUCUACUCUAGGUCAGCAAGUUCUUGAUUCUUUAAUUGAUCCAUGUUUUGAAGGUAGUGAAUUAGAUAAGGUAUUGAGUCAGUUGUUUGAGUAUUAUCAUAAGGAAGAAUUGAGUUUAAGUAGUGGGACUUGGAAUUCUUUGUCUAUGGAUGUGUUGGGUAUUAUUAAGGGUUUAGGGUUUUACAAGAAAUGUGACAUGGCAAUGAGUGUGUUUAGUUGGGUUAGAGAAAGAGAGGAUUUUGAGUCUGUUUUGAAUUGUUCCGUUGUGGCUGUUAUCAUUACUAUGCUUGGUAAAGAAGGAAAAGUUUCAGCUGCAUCUUCUAUAUUGAAUAAUUUAAGAAAAGAUGGGUUUGAUCUUGAUGUUUAUGCUUAUACCUCAUUGAUAACUGCUUAUGCUAGUAAUGGAAGAUAUAGGGAUGCGGUUUUGGUGUUUAAGAAGAUGGAGGAAGAGGGUUGCAAACCAACUUUGAUAACUUAUAAUGUGAUUUUGAAUGUGUAUGGAAAAAUGGGUAUGCCUUGGAGUAAGAUUUCUGGUCUUGUCCAUGGAAUGAAGAGUUCUGGGGUUGCGCCAGAUGAUUAUACUUACAACACACUGAUAAGUUGCUGCCGACGAGGAUCUUUAUAUGAAGAAGCUGCCCAGGUUUUUGAGGAGAUGAAAUUGUCGGGUUUUUCACCGGAUAAGGUUACCUUUAACACAUUAUUGGAUGUUUAUGGGAAAUCUAGGCGGCCUAAGGAGGCUAUGGAAGUUCUGAAGGAAAUGGAGUUUAGUGGUUUUUCUCCUAGUAUUGUGACUUACAAUUCAUUGAUAUCAGCUUAUGCCAGAGAUGGUCUGUUGAGGGAAGCGAUGGAGCUUAAAGACCAAAUGGUCGAAAAAGGGAUUAAACCAGAUGUUUUUACAUAUACUACCCUCUUAUCAGGAUUUGAGAAGGCUGGGAUGGAUGAGCCUGCCAUGAGGAUUUUUGGGGAAAUGAGAGCUGCAGGCUGCAAACCAAAUAUUUGUACUUUCAAUGCCCUUAUUAAGAUGCAUGGUAACAGGGGAAGGUUUGCUGAAAUGAUGAAGGUUUUUGAGGAGAUUGAAAUUUGCAAUUGUGCACCGGAUAUUGUCACAUGGAAUACACUUUUGGCAGUUUUUGGGCAAAAUGGAAUGGACUCAGAAGUGUCUGGAGUGUUCAAAGAGAUGAAGAGGGCUGGGUUUGUGCCCGAGAGGGACACUUUUAAUACACUAAUCAGCGCAUACAGCCGAUGUGGUUCUUUUCAACAAGCUAUGGCUGUCUAUAAAAGAAUGUUAGAGGCUGGGGUUACUCCAGAUCUUUCUUCCUAUAAUGCUGUUUUAGCAGCAUUGGCUCGAGGAGGACUUUGGGAACAAUCAGAGAAAGUAUUUGCUGAAAUGAAGGAUGGUAGGUGCAAGCCUAACGAGCUCACAUACUGUUCUUUGCUUCAUGCCUAUGCCAACAGCAAGGAGAUUGAGCGAAUGCAUACUCUUGCAGAAGAGAUAUACUCUGGCUUAACUGAACCUGUUCCGGUUCUCUUGAAGACCCUUGUUUUAGUUAAUAGUAAAUGUGACCUGUUAAUGGAAACUGAACAUGCAUUUGAGGAGUUGAAGAAAAAAGGCUCACCUGACUUGAGUACUCUGAAUGCCAUGAUUGCAAUAUAUGGCAGGAGACAGAUGGUUGCUAAAGCAAAUGAGAUCCUGAACUUCAUGAAUGAGAGUGGGUUCAGCCCGAGCCUGGCAACUUACAAUAGUCUGAUGUAUAUGCACAGUCGCUCAGAAAAUUUUGAGAGAUCAGAAGAAGUUUUGAAGGAAAUUCUUGCCAAAGGAUUAAAGCCUGAUCUAAUCUCAUAUAAUACUGUUAUUUUUGCAUAUUGUCGAAAUGGUCGGAUGAAGGAUGCUUCACGGAUAUUCUCAUACAUGAAGACUUAUGGGCUUGUUCCAGAUGUUAUUACAUAUAACACGUUUGUUGCAAGUUAUGCAGCUGAUUCGCUGUUUGAAGAUGCCAUUGGUGUUGUUCGGUACAUGAUCAAGCAUGGCUGUAAGCGAAACCAGAACACAUACAACUCGAUUGUAGAUGGGUACUGUAAGCAUAGUCGUCGGGCUGAUGCAAUCAUGUUCGUUAGCAGCCUUAACCAGCUUGAUCCACAUGUUACUAAGGAAGAAGAGUUGAGGUUAUCUGAACGAAUAGCCAAGAAAUGGUCCUAAAUGAUCCCUCCUUGAAAUGAAAUGACAGUUUUGCUGGCAUGAUUUUUCUCCCUUUGCGGUGACAUCUCUGUCCUUUAACCCAUUUUGGGCACAUCAUAUAGUUUUAUGGGCAAGAAGAUGAACCUGAUGCAUAUAUGAUUCGUUAUGCUUCAAUGAGGCUGGACAUUGAGAGAGUUAUACAUAUACUAGCAUAAUUGCUUUUCAUGGAUCCAUAUGAGAAACAAAGAGAAUGAGGCAAAGCGAGUUGCUUAUACAGAGGUCAUUUAUGGGAUGAACCAAGUGGUCAAGGAAACAUGGGAGGUUGAAUGAUCAUGAGGACCGCUCAAAUUGGCAGCUGUUUGUCUGAUGAUUAUAGUAAGCCUCACCUCUCAGGGAAGCAGUUCCGGCAGAGAUCUUGAAACUAGUUGGGAUAUAUCAUUCUGUUUUCUUACACAGCACGUAAGAUGCAACUAGAAAUACAACUACAAGAAUUUGCAUCAUAUCCUCAGGCUCCGUAUACUCGGAGAUAACAUGUAUCGUGAAUUUAUAGAUGCUUGGCAUGCCACUACUUUUGGCAAAUCCUGUUGAUCACAUCAAAUUGUAAACUGUACUUAAAAAGACAAUUAUUCCAGCCUUUGACUUGUUA